AAAUGGUCUCUUGGAUUCUCCUCCAUUCCCUUCCUUUCUUCUCCGUCAAUUUAAGCUUUCCGACAUCGAAACACUGAAGCGUUUUAGCGGUUCUUGUCGGAAUGUGACGAGGAGGAGUUUCUCCGUUCAAUUGCUGGGCUUGACAAGAGAGAAAGAGAAAAGAUUUGUGCUGCGUCAAUGGAGAAUGAUUACGCCACGAGGCUCAUUGAAGUUAGCCUGCUUGUAUUCUUCACCAAUCGCACCGAAUUGAAGGGUAAGGUUGAGGAAUAUGGGGAUUACUUGCAACCGUUUCCUGUGUGUUCCACUAUGAAAAGACAAAACAAAAGAUUGAUUGAUUAG